GUAGAGACAAGGAAACGCUGCAGGUGUGUGGAGUUGGCCAUAGUGAAUUUCAUUAGCUCGGCAGCACAAAUGGAGAAGAGUGAGAGCAAGGGCUGUGAGAGGUGAAGGACAGGCAGACCACGUGCACGUGUUCACAGUGAGAUCCCAGCAGUUAGUUUAGAGCCAUUAGAGAGCUGUUUAGUUGAUUUUAUUAACGGCAUAAGCGCUCAGCAAGCCAUGGCCCUUCUCACCAAUGGCGCACAGAGUCUGGGCUCCUAUUACUGCCUCAUCCGACGCAGGUUCAAGAGGAGGCGCAAGAAACGCUCUGAACGCAAAGCUGCAGUGGGGGCAAGGCUGCUCUCCGAUCAGAACAAGCCCGUCGCCAUGGAUGUGGAUGAGGAGGAGAACAUGAGUUCGAGCAGCACUGACGUUAAGGAAAACCGAAACCUGGACAACGUGUCCUGCAAAGAUGGAGUGGGAGUGGCUGAACAGCUCCCCAUUGGAAGUGGCAUGGGCGGUCGAAAGCGCCCCCUAGAGGAGGGAAACAAUGGUCACACGCACUCCAAGUUCCGGGCUAAGAAGCGCAAGAAAACGCCAGGGCCCGUCCUGCCCAAGAACGCUCUGAUGCAGCUGAAUGAAAUCAAACCAGGUCUACAGUACAAACUGCUGUCUCAGACAGGACCAGUCCAUGCUCCAGUUUUUGUCAUGACUGUGGAGGUCAAUGGACAGAUGUUUGAGGGCAUGGGCCCAACUAAGAAGAAGGCUAAACUGAAUGCAGCUGAGAAAGCGUUGCGUUCCUUUGUCCAGUUCCCCAAUGCCUCUGAGGCACACCUGGCCAUGGGUCGGACACUGACGGUGAACACAGACUUUACCUCUGACCAAGCUGACUUUCCAGACAUGCUCUUCAAUGGCUUUGAGACCCCAGCUGCACCUGAAGAAUCCUUUUAUCUUGGCUCCAAUGGUAGCAGCUCUUUAAACUCACUAGGGGAGUACCCACUGCCCACACCACCUGGCAGCAACCUUGUCCAGCCCCCACUGCCCCCUCCGUCGGCAUUCAGCUCGCCCUCCAGUGGUAAAAACCCAGUCAUGAUUCUAAAUGAGCUCAGGCCGGGCCUCAAAUAUGACUUUGUCUCAGAGAGUGGGGAAAGUCAUGCCAAAAAUUUUGUGAUGUCAGUAACAGUGGAUGCACAGACAUUUGAAGGCUCAGGGCGCAACAAGAAGCUGGCUAAAGCCCGGGCAGCGCAGGCCGCCCUCUCAGCUCUCUUCAACAUGCAGCUAGACCAGACACCAUCCCGGCAACCCAUUCCAAGAGAGGGAUUGCAGCUUCACCUGCCCCAGGUUCUGGCUGAUGCCGUCUCACGCCUGGUUGUGGAUAAGUUCAGUGAGCUGACAGACAACUUCACCUCCCCCCAUGCCCGACGAAAAGUCCUAGCAGGGGUCGUCAUGACAACAGGGACAGAUGUCAAGGAAGCACAGGUCAUUUGUGUCUCCACAGGAACCAAAUGCAUCAACGGUGAGUACAUGAGCGACCGCGGCUUGGCACUCAAUGACUGCCACGCUGAGAUAAUCGCCCGACGCUCGCUUAUCAGGUACCUCUACACUCAGCUGGAGUUCUUCCUCAGCAACAACAAGGAGGACCACCAGAAGUCAGUAUUUGUGCUGUGUGACAAGGGAGGUUACAGGUUAAAGGACAACGUUCAGUUCCACCUCUAUAUCAGCACCUCGCCCUGUGGAGACGCCAGAAUCUUCUCUCCACACGAGGCCGGAGUGGAAGAUCAAGGAGACAGGCAUCCCAACCGGAAAGCACGCGGCCAGCUAAGAACCAAAAUUGAAUCGGGAGAGGGCACCAUCCCUGUUAGAUCCAGCAACACCAUCCAGACAUGGGAUGGGGUGCUGCAAGGAGAGCGGUUACUCACCAUGUCAUGCAGUGACAAGAUCGCAAGGUGGAAUGUGGUGGGAAUCCAGGGCUCCUUGAUGAGCUACUUCACAGAGCCAGUCUACUUCUCCAGCAUCAUCCUUGGCAGCCUUUACCACGCUGACCACCUCUCCCGGGCCAUGUACCAGCGCAUCGCAGAUAUCGAGGACCUGCCCCAGCAGUUCACUCUCAACAGGCCUUUACUCAGUGGUAUAAGUAAUGCAGAGGCUAGGCAGCCAGGGAAGGCACCGAACUUCAGUGUGAACUGGACAGUGGGUGACCAGGCCCUAGAGGUGAUCAAUGCAACCACAGGCAAGGACGACAUGGGCCGCGCGUCACGUCUCUGCAAGCACGCCCUCUACAGCCGCUGGGUGCACCUGCACUCUAAGUUGUCGUCCAUCUUGCGGAUCAAGGUGCUCAAGCCCAGCUCCUACCAUGACGCCAAACAGGCAGCCACAGAGUACCACUCUGCCAAGCAGGCGCUCAUCAAGGCCUUCCACAAGGCUGGCCUGGGGGCCUGGGUCAAAAAGCCCAUUGAGCAAGACCAAUUCACCCUCAGCUCCUGAGGGAGUCAAGGGACCAAGGAAUUCCUAAAACCCCCGCUCUUUCCCCCUGACCCAGGCCUGAAAGAGAAGCCCUUAUUAACAACCAGCCCACAGAGACACUUACCUCCAUCCCAUGUGUCAGUACGCACGUGCACUUUGUACUUGUGGGAAUACACAUGCAUAGUUUCACAAACCAUCCAUAGCUCACAUUCUCAUUCCUCAGUGGACCUCACCAUGUCUUUUCUCAUCAUGUUUGUCCUUUUAUGGAUUUUAAUGGAUAAUGUUUUUUCAUCUAUUUGAUUUUGUUUUAAAACUGGAAUACGUGGUUUCUACACCAUUCAGCUCCCAGAAGAAUCAUGCGUUACAUGUGGAAGUUAAACAGUUUUGUCUCCUUUCUUGAUCAAUGAGUGUAGCCAGUUUAGGGUGAAAUGUAGCCUAGAAACAGAAACACAGGCUCUUUGUUGAGUGAUCAGACCUAAAUACACACACAUAUACAAUUAAUUGAAAGAUGCAUAGCUCUUCAGGAUGUAAAUCUAGUACUGAAAAGAAACAUAAAAUAGUUUUAAUAUGUAUGUGUUUACACGUAUGUUUACACAUUUAUGUGUAACGUAUGUUUUUUGCUUCGUUGCUUAGAUGACACUUCAUGUGCUUAGUUCUUGUAUUAAAGGUAAAAAUGUUGCAAAAUAUUGUGGCCCUGUUGAUUCACUGACAGAAUCUACAGUAGCUACAGGCCAGAUGAGACAGCUGUUUUGUUGAGUUUUAUGUGUUGAUCAUAUGCAUUGAAGUUCUAUAAGUUAUUUUAUGUCACUCCCAUUGCAUACUUGAACAGUGGGGGGUCGUGUUAACUCCUUCCCUCGCCUGGGUCCCGGGACAACGUUUGGGAGGUGCUGCACGUGGUAUAUUUUCCUUGACCUAAGCCAUGGCUUUGCAUGGGAACUGAACUGGGAGGCCCGCAGAGCAGAAAGCACGCAGUGGAGAGCCCCGAGCGUCCAUCACUGAAUGGUUUUGAAUGAAUGCCAGCAUCUUCCUCCACAGGCAGCUUUGAAUCUUUGUGUCUGUUUUUUAGAUUUCUUGUGAUUGAUUGUUUGUUUGUUGCUGAGAGAGGGGCAAGGACUGGUUUUUCUUUGUUUUUAAGAUUGGACCUUUGAGGAUGGGGUAACACUGCUGGGAACAUAGUGAUAGUAUAAAUAAACUCUCAGACAGUGUACUAAUGUCAGUCGUGGCAGGGAUCCGUGAUAGCUGUUAGUCAAACUAUUAACCGAAGACAUGGUUUAUGUACUGUGGUGCCACACGCAGUUUGAAAUGCAAACAUGCUGUAAUCCCUCCACAUACAGUACAUCUCUUUGGAACCACCCUGACCAACAGUGGUGUAAUAUGCAGUCCUUGUACGAACAGAUUCAAAAGUUGGACGCUAAUAUUGGAUCGAUUCUACCAGUAGGUUACAGCCAAAUGUAUCACAGUGUGAUGUGACUGUCGUCCUCCUCACUUCUGCAUCUGCUUCAGAAACAGGUACAUAGUUCAUAGUAAACGAGCCCAUAUUUAGCAGUAACUGCAGUGAAUACCUGUUCUCAGCUGUAGGAAGUGUAUGUGUGUGUCUGUAUGUCUCUGUGUACUCAGACGUCUUUAAGCAUACUCUGUGGAAUAUCCACCAAAGAUGAUGAUGUCCAUGUGUUUCUGCACCAGUAUUUUCCUUACAAAGAUGUUUUUUUAAUCUCACUUUUCUUUUUCCAGAAUCAACCCUUUACUGUUUGGGUUUUGUACUGUAUAUCCACAGAGCAAUGUAUUUUUUUGAUUUGUACAGAAUCACUGUAUCCCAUCGAGAAUGGGGAUAAUGAAAUAGUCAGGCUUCUUUAGUGCACCUGUAGCUGUCAGUGGCCACGUGUACGUUGUGACCUGCGAUCAUUAUUGCUGCAGUAUAGUAGUUCUGUGUCGAUAUGAGGAGUAACAGAAAUGGAGGAUUCUGUCCCCUGUACAAUCAGUUCGUCCCAACUUCUGAAAACUAUUUUAGAUCUGUGCCUGUUGCUGGGAUUGUGAAGAUGUUAAUGUUCCAGAGUAAGUAUUAGUGGUUCUGUGUGACUCACUGGGCACCAUAACGCAUGGCAUUAAUGCUGCUGAGGUUAUUACAGACUUCAUCCUCAUCGUAGCCACCCACAUAAAAAAACAAAAAAACAAUAUGCACUCUUUGGUGCCUCGACUGAAAGUGGCAUCCACCAGCUGGCACGUGUGAUGUCAUACUGUAUGUGUACCUUUUUCACAUAUACUUGGUUGUUUUGUGAGUCAGAAUUACAGAUGAUGUAAAUGGGAAUCUCCCAGAUUUGACUUAAAGGUAAAAACCUUGAAAUUGAGUUAAAUUAAUCAGAGGACAGUGGGAUCCUGAGCCCCCUGGCAAAGAGACCCAGACCAAAGUUACAAGCAAUACUUCUGAUGUCUCUUUUAAUGUCACUCCAUCACGAACAGGAGUGUGUAUGAGGUUUCCAUCCCCACAUGCUCAUUCAUUCUUUGUCCUUCCCCUAUGUUAUUCUCUCUCCACAAAGCUGUCUGGGGUGUUUUUUUUAUUUGUUUGUUUUUUGGUAUAUAUCCCCCCUAAAGACUGCCUGCUUCUGGAGUUUUGUUUUUCCUUUGACUGCACUAAAGAUGUCAACUGAUGAUGUCACUGAUUAAAAAAAACAGAAACCGUCCCCGUCUAUGGAUUGGAUGGCAACUAUCACAGCAAGAACUGAACUGCUUCUGCUUAACCCUUUGUGAAUCCUCGAUGAUGGUCAGUGCCCCCCCCUGUGCCCUGCAGCUUCAUCUGUAGUGGGUUUUUUGUUUGUUUCUUUGUUUGUGUGGUGAUUCCAGAGCAGUCGGUGUUUGCCCACUCUGUGUUUCAGAGCCACCGCUCCCUGUUCUCUCCCCGUUUUCUCUCUCCACCAACAGAAACCACAACCUUGCAUGUCCUACCAACACUGAAGCUGCACCUAGCAUGAUGACAAACUUUUAAAGGACUUGUGUAGGGA